AUGUCGAAAGUGGAACAAGCAUUAAUUUUAGAUCCUAGUACCGAAUUGAGAUUUAAAGGUCCUUUUGACAAAGUAGUUACAACUCAGUUAAAGUUAGCUAACCCUACCGACAAAAGAAUUUGCUUUAAGGUAAAAACUACUGUACCUAAGCAUUAUUGUGUGCGGCCAAAUAAUGGUAUCAUUGAUCCGCAAGAUUCAUUGGUUGUUUCAAUCAUGCUGCAACCUCUUGCGCAUGAUCCUAGCGAUAAAACUACCAAGCAUAAAUUUAUGGUUCAGUCUGUUUAUCCCCCGUCGGACAUGUCAUCUGGGGACGUGUGGAAAGCUGUGAACUCGGCUUCAGUGAUGGAUUCGAAAUUAAAGUGUGUUUUCGAACCUGUAUCACAAAAUGCAAAUAAGGAUGAAAACACACAUGCAGUUGUUACUCAGGGACCUGCUAAGGAGAAGGUUGAAGAUUCUCCCCAACAGCAAAAUAUCCCCCAACCAAUUAGUACGAACACAUCGAUUCCUGCUGAUAGCGCUCAUGAAGUAGAGCCUAAAAUUACCGUGGAUAAAACUAAGAGAACUAUGGAUGAAAGAUAUCCUGAUGCAGCAAAAGCUGCUUAG